AUGGCCGACGCGGCGAGCAUGGCGGACGACAUGACCAACUCACGAAACUGGGACGGGACAUCCUUCAUCGAUAUCGCGGUGCAGGACGGCGUCCGGGAGGCGAUGCUGUCGGGCCAGGCCGCGCUGAUCAUCGACCGCAAGAGCGGCGCCCUGCGCUGGGCCAACGGCGCGGCGGCCGGGCUGUUCGGGCUGUCGGCGAUCGGCAGCCGCGCGGGCGAAACGGCGCUUUCGCCGGCGGCGGAAACCGGCAUGCGCCAGGUGCGCGCCGUGCUUGGCGCGCUGAAGGACGAGCCGCGCACGGCGCUGGUCCGCCUCCGCUCGGGCCUGACAAGCCGGCUGGUCAAGGCCCAUGUGCGCCGCAUCGAUCUGUCCGGUGUUCGCGGCAAGCAUGCGCUCGUGACGGCGCCGGCGCGCGAUACCCAAAUGAACGAGGCCGAAUGUCUGGCGGUCGCCCUGACCGGCCUCGAGGACGAGGGCGCGGGGGCCGCCAUCAUCGACGGCGGCGGCCGGGUGCUCAGCGCCGGCUCUUCUUAUGAGGCGCUUGGCGUGCCGGCGGACAUCGCCCGCGAUCUAGCAGCCCGGACACGCGGAGAAGCCGACCGCCUCGUCAAGCAGAUCGUCGAUCUGCCGGACACCGGAUCGGCCGUUGCCGCCGGCGUCGGGCGUUUGGCCGACCUGCCCGAACGCUAUCUGAUCGUCGCACUGGCGCUUGCAGACCGACCUGCGGAACCGGCCUCGAUCGCCGCCGCUGCGGCUGUGGACCUGAUGCCCGGCGACUUCGCGACGGCGGCCGAAAUGGAUGUGGCGCCGGCCGCAUCCCGGAACCCGGACGAGGACAUAUCCCCGGUCGCCACGGAAAGCGACGCGAGCGGUGUCGGCGCCGACGCCAACCGCAACACGCAAACCGCGGAAGAACCCGAAAGGGAGCCGGCGGAGAUCGCCACCGUGCCCGCGCCGGCGCCCUUCACCGGACCGGACCUCGGAUCGGGGCCGAUACGUUUUGUCUGGAAGACCGAUCGCGACGGCGUCUUCGUCGACGUGUCGCCCGAAUUUUCCCGCGCCGUCGGACCCAAUGCCGCAGAGCUUGCGGGACACGGGUUUGCCGAUAUCGUCGACCGGCUGGCGCUCGAUCCGGCGGGCGAGAUUGUCGCCGCCCUGUCGCGUCGCGACACCUGGUCGGGCAAGAGCGUGCUCUGGCCGGUCCAGGGCACCGACCAGCAGGUGCCGGUCGAUCUGGCGGCCCUGCCCUAUUACAGCCGCGAACGGGAAUUCGAGGGCUAUCGCGGUUUCGGCAUUGCCCGCAUGGCCGACAUCGCCACCGAUCCGGACGCGCGGGGACUGGCGCUGACCACCCCGCUCGGCGCUCCGGCCGAGACCGGUGCCGAUUCGGCCGACGAGUACGUCGUGGACGAUCAGGGUCCGGCCGCCGAAGCCGAUGACGGCGCGGCGGAGACCGGCGAGGCUGCCGGCUCGGAUGCGCCCGACCUGUCGCACGAACCGCCCGUGCUUGCAGUGGCGCCGGCCCACCCGAUGCGCCGCAGGAGCGACACGAUCGUCCCGUUCCCGGACGCCGCCGCCGAGGAGCGGAACAAUGCUGCGCCCGGACCGCAUCUGAGCGAUGAGGAAGCCGAAGCCUUCCGCAAGAUCGGACAAGCGCUCGGCCGGCGCGACGAUGGCGUCGAGACCGGUACGUUCGAUGGCCAGUCGAGUCCCGCGUCGACCGGAGACGAUACGACAUUGGCGGACGAACCGGGCGAAGAAACCGUUGAGGCCGAACAUCACCCGGCUCUCGAGCCGGCCAUCGAAACGGCUGCCGCCGAAGACCGCAAGGCCGAAGGCCAUGAUGACGAAGACGAUCGCCACGACAUGCCCGACGAUGUCCUGGCGGUGGAAGCCGACGGCUCCACGCUUGAGGACGUGCCGUCUGGCGAGCCCUGGGCCGAAACCCCGGUCGACGGUGAGGCGCCCGUGCCGGCCACGGACGGGCUGGCGCCGGAGACGCUGGACGAAUUGCCGUUGCCGCUCCUGAUCGUGCGCAACGAGCAGGCGCUCUAUACCAAUGCCGCGUUCGCCGCCAUGGCCGGCGAUGCCGACACCGGGGCGUUGAACCAACGCGGCCUCGACAUGCUGUUCGGCGGCAGCGCGCCGGACACCGAAGACGAUGCCGGCGACCGCGCGAUCACGCUGGUCGGCGCCGACGGGCAGCCGAUCGCGGCCCGCGCGCAUCUGCAGAUCGUGCCCUGGAUGGGCGCGCGGGCGCUGAUGUUCGCGUUCGAACCGCGGCCGCUGGCCGACGACACGACGAGCGCGUCCGCCGCGUUGCCGGGCGAUACCGCAACAGGCGGCGCGCCCGAGCCGUCCGACGUCGCCUCGCGGCCCGACCCCCAUGCCGUCAGCGCGGCCGAAGCCGCCGAACUGCGCGCGAUCCUCGACACGGCCACCGACGGGGUGAUCCUGAUCGGCGCCGACAGCACGAUCCGCUCGCUGAACGGGUCGGCAUCGGCGCUGUUCGGCUAUCCGAACGAGGAAAUCGAGGGCAAGAGCUUUUCCUUCCUGUUCGCCCAUGAAAGCCAGCGCGCGGCCAUGGAUUAUCUGCACGGCCUGUCCAACAACGGCGUGGCAAGCGUUCUCAACGAGGGACGGGAAGUGCUCGGCCGCGAACGCAAUGGCGGCUUUCUGCCGCUGUUCAUGACGAUCGGCCGGAUGCCGGCGAGCAACGGCUUCUGCGCCGUGAUCCGCGACAUCACGCCCUGGAAGCAGACCGAGCAGGCGCUUCAGGACGCAAAGCGUCAGGCCGAGCAGGCGUCGAACACCAAGUCCGAGUUUCUGGCCAAGAUCAGCCACGAGAUCCGCACGCCGCUCAACGCAAUCAUCGGCUUUUCCGAACUGAUGGCCGAGGAGCGGUUCGGGCCAAUCGGCAAUGAACGCUACCGGGACUAUCUGGCCGACAUCAACAAGUCCGGCCGGCACGUUCUGGACCUGGUCAACGAUCUUCUCGACAUCUCCAAGAUCGAGGCAGGCAAGCAGGAGCUCGAAUUCGAGAGCGUCGCGCUGAACGAGGCGAUCGGCGAAGCCAUCGCAAUGGUUCAGCCGCAGGCCAACCGCAACCAGAUCAUCGUUCGCUCCAGCCUCGAGAGCACGGUGCCGCCGGUCGUCGCCGACCUGCGCUCGGUCAAGCAGAUCGUCCUCAACCUUCUGUCGAACGCAAUCCGCUUCACCCAUGCGGGCGGACAGGUGAUCGUUUCGACGAGCUACACCGGCAAUGGCGCGGUGCUGCUGCGCAUCCGCGACAGCGGCAUCGGCAUGUCGGAGAAGGAACUGGAAAGCGCGCUCAAGCCGUUCCAGCAGGUCACCGCGGUCGGCCAGCGGCGCGGCGACGGCACGGGGCUCGGCCUGCCGCUGACCAAGGCGCUGGUCGAGGCCAACCGCGCCGAAUUCGGCAUCAGUUCAGAACCGGGUCAGGGCACGCGGGUCGAUAUCAUCUUCCCGCCCGCGCGCGUUCUGGCGAGCUGA